AUGGCAACCAAAUCUUCGCUUUCCAGUCUGAUCGUACUUUCGAGCGCUGCAUCAGCUCGGGUCUGGCCUAAUACCACAACUACUUCAGACCUAAACUCCACCACGAAAGCGUGGCAUCCCUCGACUUACAUCUCAGGCUGGACACAUCCAGCCUCUAUUCGUCCGACGUCUCUUCACCCAACAACCGUGCACCCGAAAGCUUUCUUUCAGGAUGAUACGGUCGUGUGUAGUUUCUCUACCUCAGCUAACGGGGGCGACACCUGCGCUAGUUUCGCGGGUGAAUGGGGCCUGACGGUGGAGGACUUCGUCUCUCUCAACCCUGGUACUGUGUGCCCCGGGAAUCUUGUGGAUGGCCAGUCGUACUGUGUUGUUGGAUCUGUCUCAACGUCGUCCCCUACUGGUGGAAAUCCACCUCCGACUACGACUUCAACGACUAUGACAACUACGACACAGACAACUUCCUCAUCAUCGCAAGCCCCUGAGCCAACGCAAUCAGGCCUCGCAGCAAACUGCGAUAACUACUACCUUGUCUCCGCCGGAGAUAGCUGCGAUGUUAUCGAAUCAAAAUAUGGCAUCAGCAGUGCGGAGUUUAGCUCCUGGAACCCUGCUAUUAAUUCGCAAUGUACCAACUUACCGUCGGGCUAUUAUGUUUGCGUGGGAGUGCCAGGUGCCACUACGUCGCCGCCAGUCACCUCGACAACUAUGAAGACUUCUACCAAGCCCACCUCGUCGGCACCUGAGCCAACACAGUCAGGUCUUGCGGCCAACUGCGACAAAUACUACCUGGUUGCCACCGGCGACUCUUGCGACGCAAUUGAGUCCAAAUAUGGUAUAAGCUCGAGUCAAUUCAGCAAAUGGAACCCAUCGAUCAAUUCGCAAUGUACCAACCUGCUGUCCAGAUAUUACGUAUGCGUGGGAGUACCAGGAGCUACGACAACGCCACCAACCAAGACGACUGCUAAAACCACUACGACUAAGCCCGGUAACGGAAUCACCACUCCUACUCCAACGCAGAGUGGAAUGGCUACGGACUGCAACAAGUUCGACCUCGUGAAGACUGGCGACACUUGUGACGCAAUCGCAUCUCAGUACAAUAUUCCGCUUGCAAAGUUCUACGCCUGGAAUCCCGCUGUUGGCAGCGAUUGUCAGACUCUUUUCGCAGGCUACUACGUCUGCGUUGACAGGCUUGAGUACAAGCCUGCGACGACCACCUCGCCCACGGGGAAUGGGAUCGCCACGCCUACGCCGUACGAGCCAGGGAUGGUGACGGACUGUGACAAGUUCUACAAGGUGAAAAGCGGAGACACUUGCGACAGCAUAGCUUCUGCUGAGAAAGUGACGGCGGCGAAUAUUGAAAAGUGGAACCCUAAGGCAUGUUUCCGUCCUCCUUUUGCAUUUAACAUUAACUAA